AAGAUUGGUUCCGCGCCUCCAGCACGCCGUCAUUGACGUAUCGGUUUCGAGUAAUUGUCCUCCUCAGCCCUCAACUGCUUUCCUACUCGCGCUAUCACUCAACAUGGAGGAAAGCGCCUCCCGCGACCCUCCGCCUCUAUCCCCCGCCGACGUUUUCGGAGCGCACGAAGCGACAGGCGACAGCAACGACGCGUUUGCGCAACUUGCACGCGACAUUGAUCAGGCAGAGACGACGGAAGAGCAAAAACAAGAUCGAGAAGAACUACCUGUAAAGACGGCAGAGGUACCUCUGGUGUCCGACGAUCCCUCGGAGCCACCUGUGGCUCAAGAAUCAGGGGAAGAACAUACCCCCAUCGAACCUGAAUAUUCAAUUCAGAAAGAGCCAGUGGCAGCGCAACCUGCGGUUCUUCCCCAAGAAAUGCCUCUCGCAGAGACCGAGGAAAUCGAUUCCAAGUCCAAGGACUUAGGACACGAUUCGGAAUCCAGUGCUGUCCCUCAGUCUGAACCCGCGGUUGCCCAACCUCAAACGACUUUGAAUACAUCUGUCGAAGACUCCUCGGCUUCGCCUUCAGAUCUCGCGAACGAGCAACAAGAAACUCAUCCGAUCUUAGAAGCAGAUGGCAAGGAGCAUGGUACCAAUAUUUCGCCACACGCAGAUGUGAUCAAGAUGCUGGAAAAGCAAGAGGCGGCUUCUGUACCCACUCAAGGGUCGCAAGAAAACGUUGAAGCAAACGGAUCAUCCUCCAUUGUCUCUCUCGAGCCUAAGAUUCCGGCUGCCAGCGAAGGCGAGACCCAGCCUCACGAAUCCCUCCAAGAACCGGUAUCUUCCUCCCUCUUCACUGAAGAUGCUUCUCCUUCGCCUUUCGAUUCCAUCUCCCUCCAAAACGACAUCGAGACUUCUGAGCCCCAACCGAGGCAUGAAGCCGGUCAAUCGAGGGAGGAGGAGCAGGUGCUGAACAGUGACCACAGCGCUCCGGAGCUCUUUGAACAAGAGUCUGAGCCCUCGGUGUUCGACACAAUUGCGUCUGAAGUGUGGUCUGCUCCCCCUGUGCAAGAAGACACAAGUCCUGCGAACCCCAAAGAGAAUGUGCCUACCCCAACCCUUCUCGACCAGGGCACAGGAAGCUCUCCAUCAAAUCAUCUCAAAUCACAGCCGUCAGCUGAGCCUGGGGCCACCCACGUUGCACUGAAGACGGGUACCCCCGAGGCUGAUGGAGUAUUCAAUGCUCAGCCUGCCCCAGCUGCUGAAUUGUUUGAAGAUGAGCCUGAGACUUCUUUAUUCGACCAGAUAUCACCCCAAGAAGACACUUCCCCCAGCAUGACCGGCAAAGUCAAAGAACCUGCGGCCUCGGGCCUGCUUGAGGAUCAGGAAGAAUCUUCAUUGUUCGACCAGAUCAUGCCCGAAGAACAUCAAAAUGAUUCUGGCCUGCAUGCCGAAAAGGAGGAGAAAGGGGCGUCCAGUCUCUUUGGGGAUGAGGCUGGGGCUUCACCUUUUGACGAUCUUAUCACUCAAGAAGAGCCAGGAUCUACUGUCGAGUUUACCGGAGUUGGGGAAAGUGGUGCUUUGUUUGGAGAUGAUCAAAGUGACCGGUUUCCACCUUCCCAAGACCUGCCGGAGCUUACUCAAGAUCAAGGGACUGAAAGCACCCAAACGCAGUCUACCAACGAUGACCAAGAAGUCCCUUUGGGUUGGUACGAUGACUACGGAGAAUUCCAGUGGUAUACAGAAGAAGAGAGGGAGCAGGUGAGGCUGUCGAUGUAUGGGCCGGCUCAGACCGUAGAAGCGCGUAAGCAGGCCAGUCAGGAUAUUCUUAACGCAGGCUUUGGUUCUUCCAUGUCUCCGGCUUUGCCUCGAAGCCCGGCUGUCCAGACCGAAUCCUUCUUGUCCGAAAAUGCUCUGCGGCGUACACCACAACCACAGGCGGUAUCCGAGUUCGACAGCAGCAUGUAUGCGCCACCAGCUACAGCUUCCUCAUAUGCUCCGAGCAACACAGCUCAAUCGACAUAUACACCUUCAUACACGGACUCGUUGUCCUAUGUGCCUGCGCUCGGCAGCCCAGCGGCCACUAACACAUACAACCCGUACGCACCUAGCAAGGACCCUUUGCCAGCUCCUACGAAAGCUCCUAUCGCUGCCCCGCCUUCUGCUCCCAGUCGCAAUUCAACAUACAACGCCUACGACCCUCCGAUGGCGUUCAAGCCCCCUCCGGUACAAGCUCGACCCAGCUUCACUGCCCCGUCUUCAUAUGCGCCGUCGCCGGUUCAGACAUACGCCCCUGCCCCACCUCCCCCUGCCAAAUCAGAGCCUCCUCAGCCGAGGCCACAACCACUCCCACGGACAGCAUCGAACGCUUUUGACCCUCCUCUGAAGCCUGUGUCUAAAGCUAUCCCCAGGCCAACUUCUGCCGUCAAUGCUGGCGCGUCGCCAUAUGGAUUCGCCCCCAUGGCAGCUCCACAGGAAGCUUCACAGAUGCCACCGAUGCCUCCUGCUGGACCUCCUAGAGGCGUGAGCCGGCCCUCAAGUCGGGGACCCGCAUUUGCGCUGCCGCCGUCACAGCACCAAGCUACGUCAGCUCCACCGACUGGACAACCGAGGAGGCCAGCGAGUACGAGCAGGCCGCCCAGUCGCGGGCCCGCCUUUGCACCACCGCCGAGUUUCCAGGCGCCGCCUGUGCCCGAGAUUCCGUCUUCAUUGAAGCGGACGUCGGUAGAGAGUCAGCGAGAUGAGUAUACCUCGCUUCCCCACGCUGAGGGGUUGAGGUCGCCGCCUAUCCAGAUGACAGGUCUGAUGUCGCCUCCUCGGGCUCAUCAGGCUCCUGCACCGCCAAGGAAAACUACAGGUAUCAGCUCGCCCCCUCAAAACGACCAAGCUAUGACUUUCCCGCCUUAUGACACAGGGCUGGCAUCACCACCGCAGAGCCAUAUUCCCUCGGGGCUGCCUGGGUGGACUCCAGCAGAGAAUAGCGGCCCUUCUAGUCGCGGGCCUGCCUAUGCCCAGCCGCCGGCGGUGUCGAGCCAUGAGCCUUCGCCCUACUCCCCGACACAACAGCUAGAUGUGUAUGCUCGUGGGACGUCAGCUACUCAAGCUUUGCAGCAGUCUCUUCCUCGCUCUACCCAGUUUGACCAACCCACACUAGCCCAGCAUCAGCAGAGAGGGUCUUUCGAUGAUCCUUAUGCACCUCAGCAUCAUAUCGACGAGCUUUAUGAACAGUACGGCAGUCAGGGCCAGCAGUACGGCGGGCGACGGGAGGAGCAGCAAGAGCCUACUGGAAAGAGACCUGACAAACAGUAUUCUGCGUACGAGCCCUAUGUGUCACAUCAGGAGCCUGUAAAGAUCGAGCGGCUGGGACAAGCGUCUUCGCCUGAACCCUCUCCAUAUGACUCGCCCUAUGCGCCCGCAACUUUACCACCUCACCAGGCCACGGCUCCGUCUUCUCGAUACGCACCGCCACCUUCUUCAGCGCCUGCUCCUGCUCCUGCUAGGCACUACACUGCUCCCUAUGGAGCUUAUGAUAGUGACCCCUAUGCUGCACCCCCACCCUCGACUGCGCAGAAAAUUUCGCCAUACGACCCCGCCCCCCCAGCAACCUUCAACCGCGCUGCUUCCCCUGCUCAUAGCUCAGUCUAUGGAGCCUCUCCCCCAUCUGCCAACUACUUCCAGAGCAUGCCUGCUCCCCAGCGAAGCGAGUCGGUCGAUACCUCGUACAUUCCUCAGCAGGUACUUGAACAGAGGCCCAUCAGCGAGGACCCCCUCGGACGCACGACGUUAGCUGCUAGAAAUGCCCCUAUCGCCAUCUUUGGCUUCGGCGGAGUGUUGGUCACUGCCUUCCCUGGUGCUUCUCAGUCUGACAACUUUGUCAAAGGGCACGAGCGUCUCCCGUCUUAUGGUUAUGCCUCUCACAGGGGUCAGCUCUGGAUCAGAAACCUGAGCGAAGUCGUCGCCCCUAGCGCCCUGAAGGUCGAUUUAUCUGUUUUCCCGGGGCCUCUGGUGAAUGAGCCUACGCCUGUCAAGGGCGGUGCCGCGAAGAAGAAAGAGGGCGUGAUGGAGUACGUCAAGACGCGUGCAGAGGAAAUUGAAAAGGGGCUGCCGUAUCUCAAGACCGCCGCCAGUAAGACACGGCGAGAAGAAGAGGGAAAACUGGUCUUGUUGAGAUUGUUGGAGGCUAUGAUCGUGGGAGAAGGCAAGUUGGGUGGCAAACCGGAUGUCGAGGACGCCAUCAGAGUUGCUCUUGCCAACCCCAACAACUCGAAUUUGUCUUCAGCGAGACUAGCUUCUUCUACCGCAGCCAUGCCCACCUUCCAAUAUGUGGGUACGGCCGCUUCCGCCCCAGCUGCUGCCGAUGCCUCUCAAUUGAGCUAUAUCUCAAGUCUGAUAGCCCAGGGCACAAAACGAGAGGCUGCUGAAUACGCUGCCGAGCAAGGUCUGUGGUCUCAUGCUCUUGUCAUCAGUAGCGCCGUGAGUGUGGAGCUGUGGAAGGAUAUGGUGAAGAAGUUCACUACGGCCGAGCUGGAUGGGAGGAGUGAUGGAACUGGAGCUAUCAAGGCGUCUUACUCAUUGAUUGGUGGGAUGGAUGCUGCCUCCUUGGAAGAUCUUAUCAAUGCUGCAUCCAUCGGCGAGGAUCCUACCAAGGAUCAAUGGCGAGAGGUCAUCUCGGCUGUCUUGUUCAACGCCAAACCCAAUGAGUUGGCAUGUCUCGAUGAGCUUGGUUCAAAGUUCCUCGGUUUGGGCCUGACCAACGCUGCUAACGCAUGCUUCCUUCUUUCGCCAUUAUCUCCCUUCCUGGACACCAGUCCUGUCGCUUUGGAUCGGGGCCUCAUGUUCGCCAACGAACGCGACGAAGACACCAUCAUCUUUGCCGAGAUCGCCGAAUAUGCGCGAAGCUUGGUGUCUCUGCCCAGAGGCCAAGAGCAGAUCUGCACUGGGUUACCUCAGUUGCUUCCCUACAAACUUGCACGCGCCUGGCGAUUGGCCGAGCUAGGUGAAACGGAAUCGGCGAAAAGAUACUGCACUGCUAUCGAAGCUGGUACCAAGCCUCUUAUCAAGGGAGCUCCCGCUCAGAGUCUGCUGUCUCCUGCUUUCCGAGCCAGCCUGGAGGAUUUGCUUGAGCGUUUGACAGGCACACCAUCUGUCAACCCCGCCAAGGUCCUUGCCGGUGGUAAACGAGGUAAACAGCCUGGCAUUGACAAGAUUGGUUCUUGGAUUGAAGGUCGUCUCAGCAAGUUCAUCGCCGGAGAAGAGGGGGAAGAGACCGCUCCCAAACCCCCUACUGCUGGUGGAAAGAGCUCUGGUCCUUUUGCUCACUUCAGCGCUGUCUCUCCCGAUCUUUCUGGGUCAGUCACUCGCAAUACUUCUAUGGCAGACGUGCCCAGUCACAAUGCCACUAAUGGGUAUUUGGGUGUUCAGCCGGCAUCUAGAGCUACUUCGCCUGCGAGCCAUGCCGUUGACAAUCCUCAAUCGCAAUCGUACCCUUCGCAGUCGCCUUACGGGGUGCCGCAGACAUUGUCGAGAACAAGCUCUCCUUUAGCCACUCCCAAUGCCAAUACCUACUCCAGUGCGAACAACCCCUCGUAUGGGGGUCCCUAUAGUCGACAGUCGCAGCCUCCCCAUGAUAAAAGUUCUACCGCUUGGGAUGCGUCUCCGGAGAAUUUGGAGCUUGAGUCCGAGACUCCUCGUGCCUACGAAGUGCCACAGAAGUACGAAGAGGAUGAUCUGUACAAUCCCAUGGCGCAACACUCUUCCGGCACAGAUUCUUAUACACCUCCGACCUCUGGGCCUUCUAAGCAGCAAGCUUUUUCUGAUCUCAACGAUGAUGAUGAAGACCUUGGCUUCGGCAACUCGUCAUUGUCCAAGGGGCGCGCUGUAAAGCCAGAGGCGGACUCCAAGAAGGCAGGAGCUGCUACCCAACAGGAGGAGCCAAAACAGGAGAAAAAACCCGAGCACCCUCAAACGACAUCAUGGCUGGGGAAGUUGUGGGGGAAGAAAGAGGGGGGGCCUAUCAGGGCCAAGCUGGGGGAAGAGAGCACCAUGGAGUUUGAUAAAGCCUCUGGGAGAUGGGUUGUCAAAGGCACCCAGGCCCCAGCUUCCGCUCCUUCUGCGACUCCUCCCCCUCCCAGAGCUCAAACUGCCUCGCCAUCCCGAGCUGCUACUCGUCCAGAUGCCUCAAGGGCUAUGUCGGCAACGCCUCCUAUGCCGACAAACCCCUAUGCCACACUUCCCCGCGGCGCCCAAGCCCCUCCCUCAUCAGGCUCGUCUGCCUUUGCCGAAGCUCCGGAUGGGGGCAUCAAGCGGAUGAAGUCCUCCUUGCCUAUGGCCCCGCCAUCAAGCGGACCGCCAUCUGGUUUACCCUCCCGCCCUCCAUCAGGGCCACCUUCUUCUGUCCCUCCUAGUAGACCUUCUACAGCCAGCUCUUCGCUGGAUGAUCUACUGAGUGGUGGGCCCAGGCCUGCGAGCAAAAGACCGGGAUCGGCGCUGAAGAAGGGUGCAAGAAAUCGUUACGUAGAUGUGUUCCAAGGUGCUCAAUGAAGAGGAAGGUCUGUGACGACGAGAUACGAACCAAGUAGAAAGCAGUGGCAUAUUACAAUGACCACAGUCCACUAAUGUACCAUCUAUGAUAUGCACAAAAUGUUUCUGCAA